AUGGCAAACAACCCCAGUUCAGAUCCUGAGAUAAAUCAAACUCCAGAUUCAGAGUUUUCUCCAGUGGAACUUCAAAGCUUAGCACGGAUUUUGAGCAAACUCUCAAAUAUGCAACUAUCAAGAGCAAAAUCAAGUGCUAAUUUCUUAUCAGAUCCAUCAAGUGUUUAUUACUUACAUCCAGGUGAGAAUCUAGGAAUCUCUAUUGUUACUAUUACUUUGAACACUCAGAACUAUAAUUCCUGGUCUAGAGCUAUGAGGUUAGCCUUGAAAUCAAAGAACAAACUAGGAUUCAUUGAUGAAACUAUACAAAAAUCGAAUAAGAAUGAUCCAACUUUUAUAGCUUGGGAUAAAUGCAACACAUAUGUUGUAGCCUGGAUUAAUUUGUCAUUGAGUACUGAAAUUGCACAGAGUGUAGCUUGGAAUGAGAUUGCUGUAGAUCUGUGGGUUGAUUUAAAGCACAGGUAUUAUCAUGGAGAUUUGUUUAAGAUUGCUGAGUUAGAAGAAAAAUUAUACACAAUGAAUCUGGGAGAUCUAACCAUCACAGGAUACUACACGAAGAUGAAGGCAGUUUGGGAAGAAAUUGAAAGUUUCCAGCCAGUUCCUAAAUGCAAGGAUUGCAAUAAAGAGUGUGAUUGUGGUCUUCAAAUAAUGAGGAAUUACAGAAGAGAGAAUUAUGCGUGGCCAAUUCAGUGCACAAUUUUAACAACUAUGUUCCUAGAGGAUGAGGACGAGGAGGACGAGCAGGGAGAACUGGAAGAGGUGGUGGAAGGAGCUCAUCUAAGACAUGUUCAUAUUGUCAUAAGGCAUAUUAGGCCAAUUCUGGUCAAGUUACCAAAUGGGACACAAACAAUAGCACGAAUAAGUGGAACUAUGAGCCAGAAUUCCUUGAAGAUGAUUGGCACAGUUAGAGCAAAAAGAGGGUUGUACAUGAUGCAUUCACCAUCUCAAUUAGGCAUUCCAACAUUGGAGACAGUAGAUACAAAGCAUUUAGGACAUUCAUUGCAUACAGUAAAUAACUCUGCCUAUGUUACACUUGCACCUAGAAGAUCCACCCGCAUUAGAAAGCCACCUAAUUACCUACAAGACUAUCAUUGCAUGUUGGUUGACACAGGUUGCUCAAAUAUCCAAUCAUGUUCAAGGAAAUAUGGACUAUCUCAAAUGGUGGAUUAUGGGUGGCUCUCCCCCAUCCAUAGAGCAUUUUCCCUUGCUAUAACUACUACAGUUGAGCCGAAGACUUAUGAACAAGCUGUUGUGCACGAGUGUUGGAGAAAUACAAUUAGUGCGGAGUUACUCGCUCUUGAGAAGAACAAAACUUGGAAAAUUACUUCUUUGCCUCCGGGAAAGCGUGCCAUUGGUUGCAAGUGGGUCUUCAAGGUUAAAUUCAAUCCCGAUGGAAGUGUUGAAAGGCAUAAAGCUCGACUUGUGGCUCGAGGUUUUAGUCAACAAGCUGGCUAUGAUUACUUUGAUACAUUUAGUCCGGUUGUAAAGCUCACUACAUUGAGACUUCUACUCACUUUGGUAGCAGCAAAAGGAUGGGAAUUACACCAGCUGGAUGUGAAUACCACCUUUUUGCAUGGUGAGUUACAAGAAGUAUAUAUGCUUCCUCCACAAGGCCUUGUUGUUCCCAAUAGUGCAGUUUGUCGGCUUGACAAGUCUUUGUAUGGUCUCAAACAGGCUAGUCGGCAGUGGAAUUUGCGUCUCAGUGGCUUUCUUCAACAACAUGACUUCAUCAAAUCAAGCCAUGAUCAUUCUUUCUUCACCAAACACACUAAUAAUGGUCUGGCUGUAAUUCUUGUAUAUGUGGAUGAUUUAAUUUUAUUUGGAGACAAUAUGGUUGAAAUUGAGACUAUCAAAAAAGCAUUGGAUGCUGAGUUUAGCAUCAAAGACUUGGGAAAGCUAAAAUUUUUUCUUGGUAUGGAAGUGGCACGUAGUUCCCAAGGCAUUGCCUUAUAUCAACGUAAGUACACACUUGACUUACUUGAGGAGUAUGGGAUGUUAGAGGCAAAACCAGCCAGUGUUCCUAUGCUUUAUAAUGGUAAAAUUUCUAAAGAGAAUGGCACGAAACUUGUGGACCUAACAUGUUUUCGGAGGUUACUUGGAAGGUUACUAUAUUUGACUAGUACACGGCCAGAUAUUGCAUUUUCUGUGAGAAAGCUUAGCCAAUUUCUUGAUUGUGCUACUGAUGAACACUACAAGGCUACUCUACAUAUCCUUCGUUACAUCAAGCAAGCUCCUGCGAAAGGGUUGUUUUUCUCAUGCCAAAAUACUCUUCGUCUCUUUGGUUUUGUUGAUUCGGAUUAG